AUGAGUGAAAUGCCGGAAUAUACAUUUCAGCAUGUUAGCUUGGAUUUUGCAGGACCUUUUCCGAAUGGGAAAUACCUACUUGUUCUGAUAGACGAAUAUUCAAGGUUUCCAAUAGUAGAAAUUAUUAACUCAACCUCUUCAAAGACAGUCAUUCCUAUAUUGAACAAGAUAUUCUCAGAAUUUGGAAUUUGCGAAGUUCUAAAAUCAGAUAAUGGUCCGCCAAUGAAUGGACACGAAUUUGCACAAUUUGCGAAUUAUAUGGGAUUCAAACAUAGAAAAAUUACUCCAUUAUGGCCGCAAGCGAACGGUGAAUGUGAACGUUUCAUGCGAUCGAUAGGUAAAGCAAUACGCGCAUCCCAUGCUCAGGGUACCUCUUGGAAACAAGACAUGUAUUCAUAUUUACGAAAUUACCGUGCUACACCACAUGCUUCCACCAACAUUUCACCAGCUGAAUUGUUUUAUGGACGUUCAAUGAACAUCAAAAUACCGAGUGUUCAAAUACCUUCAAAACAAGGAGACAAACAUAAGAAAGCAAGACAAUCUGACAAAAAGGCUAAGCAAAAAAUGAAGUCUUAUGCUGAUACUAGACGUCAUGCAAAACCAUCAAAUCUGAAAAUUGGUGACAUAGUACUUGUCAAACAAAAGAAGGACAAUAAACUGAUACCACCAUUUGACCCGCGUCCGCAUGAAAUCGUUUCUAAAAAAAGGAACAAUGAUUACAGCAAAACGCGACGGCAAGCAAAUUACUAG